AUGGUGCCGCGCGAUGACGCCAGCACCGACCAACAUGCGGCGCGCGGAGUGAACCGAACCAUGUGGUCGCAUGAGCUGGCCAUGCUGAAACAUGCUCAUAUCGUACUACUGCUGCUGUGUUCCUGUGGAGAGGCGUCCGCGGAGUUAAUCAAGCCUUCUCAGAAAGACGUGUUGGCGAAAAUCGUAGACGAGUGGGGCACGUUUGCAAGUGCUGUCUCAUGGCUCUACAACGCCGAAUGUCAAGAGAUGAGGGGCAUCGCUUGCACCGUCGACGGCUUUGUCACAUCCUUAGACUUAGCUGAUCAGGCUAUUAUGAAGCCUAUACCCAACGCCAUCAGUGGUCUCUCCUAUCUUCGAUCAAUCUCAAUAGUCAACUGCCAGGUGUCUGGCUCGCUGCCAUCCGCCCUCUUCACUCUGCGCCAUCUCACCAAGCUGGAUCUGAACCUCAACAGCAUCUCUGGCUCUGUUCCUGCUGACAUCAGCAAGCUGAGCAACCUGGAAUACCUGUGA